AUGCAGUCAAUAACGUUCCUUGCAUCAAACAAUGUGAAGAUCAACGGGUUAAGAUCAAUCAACAGUCAGGUAAUUCACGUAGCGAUAGCGCAGUGUGAUAACGUGAAUAUUCAAAAUCUAAAUGUUAGAGCAUCGACUAGUAGUCUUAACACCGAUGGGAUACACGUGGAGUCGUCGACCGGAGUUACCAUAACUCGGAGUGUAUUCAGAACCGGAGACGAUUGCAUAUCCAUUGGACCGGCCACCACCAACGUCUGGAUCCAGCGCAUCGCCUGCGGCCCCGGCCAUGGCAUCAGCAUAGGUAGCCUAGGCAACGGUCUCAUUGAAGGCGGUGUCCAAAAUGUGACGGUAACAGGGGUUGUUUUCACCGGAACUCAGAAUGGGGUGCGCAUAAAGACAUGGGCGAGACCAAGUAAUGGAUUUGCAAGAAACAUAGAGUUUAGAUAUGUGAUAAUGAGGAAUGUCGGUAACCCUAUCAUCAUCGAUCAAGAAUAUUGCCCUAAUAACCAGUGUCCUACUAUGAGUUCUGGAGUGAAAGUGAAUCAAGUGACAUACCGCAACAUUAAGGGCACAUCAUCGACCCCGGUGGCUGUGACAUUCAAUUGCAGUCCAAGUAACCCGUGCAGAGGAAUCCGACUGCGAGACGUACAACUUACAUUCGAAAAUCGACCAGCAACUGCAUUUUGCGCCAAUGCAGGUGGAACCAGCAGGGGCACGGUCAUCCCCAAGAGUUGUCUGUAAAGAAUAAUAAAUAAAUAAAUGCAAAUUUGAAAGUACAUAACUUGCGAGGUCUUGAGGCCUACUUGGCUUGUAUUUUCAAUGUAUUUUUCAAAUUUGAAUUUGAAUUUUCUUAAUUUAAACCAGAAAAAAUAUUUCACAUAUAUAUGUUUGUGCAUGUUGACAAUUUAACCAAUUAACGAUCCAUGAAUGAUCAGAUA